CUGUUUAGUAGAUGCAUUUGUUGGUGUGGGUGAAAACACAUUUCCUACUGCAGAGUUAGAGUUCAAGUGAGCGUUUGUGUGACAGGAUCUCAGCAUGUCUGCUGUCUGGUUAAAGCUCAUCUCCAUCCUCUGUCUCUCCGGGACCGCCCUGAGCGGCCCAGUGAGCAGUGGAGUGGUAUGGAAAGAUCUUGGAGGAUCCAUCACUAUCCAGUGCAGACCUCCUGGACCAGGCCAAGAGUACCUGUCUCUGAGGAAGGGUUUAAGUGAGGAGCUGGAAGUUUUCUACAGAGACGGCGCCUCAAUAAAAAACAACGUUGUCGACGAAUUCGGCGACAGACUUCAGUCUCAUGGAGUAUUCCCCAACAUGGACAUCCUCAUCAAGAACUUGACCUCUGACGACACGGGACCGUACUGGUGCCUGUACAAGAAGUUUGACCCGCUGACCGCUGUAUCCGUAAACAUGAAAGGCAACGGGUCCGUGCUCCUGGUGGUGAGAGAUAAACUGCAGCAGUGUGACAACCAAUCUGGGGACCAACUGAUCCUGGUGUCUCUUGUGAUCUGUUCUGCUGUGCUGUUUGGCAUCACCAUCGUCUUCCUCAUAUGGAUCGUCCGCAAGACCAAGACGUACACCACAAAGAAACCGAGACGCGUCCCCAACAACGAGGUUUAUGAGGACAUGCGUGGAACAAUCAGACGCUGAAGAUGUCUGCAAGCGAGCGACCUGAAACUCCACCGUCGUCUCUCGGUGCACCACCGAGGCACAACGUGAUGCAUGUCAAGCAAAGCUGCAACUCGGCACGUUCUCCAACAUCUCUUCAGGCCUUGUGUAUGUGUGUUUGUGUGGCUCAGACAAUAAGGACCAUGAAAUGGUACAAAGUUACAACAUGCACUGCCAGUGAACGGUUUGGUACAAUGUUUGAAAAGACUGCACACGACUCGGUUUGAAAGUAGAGAAGCACAAAAUGUCGCAGUUUGUUUUGUCUGUCAGUGGCUCGAUUGAACGCUGACAUGUAUGUUUAUUAAUGUUUAUAUAUGUCUUCUUUCAUUUCAGAAAUGUCUUGUAGUUUUCUAUAAAAUGAUGAUUUAUUGUAAAACAAAAAAAGGUUAACUUGAAUGCCAUAUCAGAUGUAUGUAUUGUAUACAAAUAACCCUCCUGUUGACCCGUUUUCAAACUUCAUUAUAUCAUAAAUAUGGAUGUCUUUCACCUAAUUGCCCCAAAAUGACAUGGAUGGUUCCCUUAUAUGGUCUUUGCAAAAAACAACAAUGACCACUACUUUUGCUGCAUUAUGGGUAUUUUAUUCAAAAUUAUAGCACCUGUGGUGUAAUGUGUCACACUGUCAUUAAACAUUUUUUUUAUAUUA